AUGUUUUCUCACCUUCUCACGGCAGCAAAGGGUCUAUUCCCGGGGCAGGAGACUGCGGAACCCGCAUCAAACACAGCCUCAUCGAAUCGCACAACUCCUUCACAGUCACCAGCGGUAACGGAUAAGGGAAAGGCAGAUACUAUGGCUGAAGGCAGCACAAGAAUAAAUUCAAACUCCAGUAAUAUCGCUGUUGUGAUAACUGGAAAACGGAAGACUCAACUCACGGGUGCGGGAAAUGCGGAGGGUCAAAACAAUAAACGGAGAAAGGGAGUUGGCGAGGAAAACGGUCAUGGGAUUGUAAAUGGAAGACCACAUGAAGAGCAUACGCAAGAUGUAAAUGGUGCAGCAAAGAAACACUUCAGAUUUGGCAGCGAAGAGCCGGCAAUACCACUUGAUACGCCUGCGGAGGAAACAUCAGAAACAGUGCAACCUGAUAAUCGGGAGGAUGGAGAAGAUAGCAGUGAUGAUGAGGCUCCCGAGGCUGUUGACAACUCUACUCAACUGUCCAGUAUCAAAGCGGAAGCGAAGAAACGGGAGCGAGCUAAGCAAAUGGAGAUGCAAUUGAAAAGGGAAAAGAGGAGGCAGUUGGACGAAUUCCACAAACUGCAAGCGAAGUCAGGAUCAGACAAGAAAGACGUCUUUGGCGCGACUCUCAAGCCCGCUGCUACUCCAGAUGACCUCCUUUCGGAGAGCACGGCUACUCUUCAAGGCUCGACGACACAAUAUAAACGGCGACAUGUACUCCCAGCUCUACUUCCCGACGAGAUUUUGAACGCCGCGCCCACCGAGCGCUCUCCUACACUGCCAGCAGUUGAGCCUCGAUCCGGUCAGAAAAAGCCCAACAAGCUACGGUUUCUCGAUCAAAUGGAGAAGCCUCCUAAGGAUGUCAAAAUGGGCGAUAUGACUAUUCGGGUCUUAAAUGAGAACUCUGUUCAGAAGAAAUCCAAAGCCUCCUUGGCCCCAAAAGCAUCCAAAGGUGGUCGGAAUUUGAGAGAGAAUUGGCUCAAGAGAGAUCGCUGCACCGCACGUGUUAAUGGCCUGAGAAGGACUGCUGGUGGGCCUUCUGGCUUUGUGCGCAGCUAA